AUGUCGGGCGAAGCGUGGUUAUACCUGCUCGCUGUCCUUAUAAAUGCCGUCAACCUCUUCCUACAGGUCUUCUUCACCAUCAUGUACAGCGAUUUGGAAUGCGACUACAUCAACCCUAUCGACCUCUGCAACCGCCUCAACACCUAUAUUGUUCCCGAAGCCGCUGUUCACGCAUUCUUGACGUUUCUCUUCCUCAUCAAUGGGUAUUGGUUGGCUAUUCUGUUGAAUCUGCCUCUCCUAGCCUUCAACGGGAAAAAGAUCUUUGAUAACCAACAUCUGCUUGAUGCCACUGAGAUCUUCCGAAAAUUGAACGUGCACAAAAAGGUGUGA